AUGGAGGGCCGGCGCGGGGCGAAGAGCCUCAUUUCCUGGUCCCAGCCACGGCAGACGCUGGCAGACGCCAUCCUCCUUCUGAAAGCGGCGCGGGCGAAGGCGGUGCCGUCGCCUCCGCCCGUGGAGGAGCCGCCGCCGGUUCCGGCGCAAGCUCCGGCGAAGCGGAAAGCGGAGGAGGGCGAGGAGAAGGAGGAGAAGAAGGCGCGGCUGUGGCAGCACGAGGACCCCCCGCCGCCCAAGCUGGCGGGGGAGAACUGGGAGAGUCCUCGGGAGAAGCUGAAGCUCAUCGGGGAGCUCACGGAGGAGCCGUGGACCUACUUCCUGAAGGACGAGUCUCGGCGCUCCUUCGCAGCCCACCUAGCAAACCCCCUGGGCAAGGCGCGCAGCGCGGCGUGGUUCGCCAAGGUGCGGAUGGGCACCAAGUGGCUGCAGCCCUCCACGAGGUGGGGGCCCAUGCCGCGGAAGACCGCCUGGAUGGUGGCGCAGCCCUGCAGCUGCAGCUACUACUACGGCGGCAUGGAGGUUCAGCCCAUUGCGUACCCCAUGUGGAUGCUGGAGCUGAUGCAGGAGGUCAUGCCCAAGUGCGGGUUCUCGGACUUGGCGGAGAUGCCGGACAGCUGCAACUUGAACUUGUAUGAGGACGGCACGCAGAUGGUAGGCUGGCACGCGGACGACGAGGACUUGUUUCAGGGCAAGAGCAAGGACAUCCGCAUCAUCUCCCUGUCCCUGGGCGCCACGAGGCACUUCGAGCUGGAGCUGAACUGGCCUGCGCCCGAGGAGGUCUUGGGUGCGAAGCAGCAGCUGGCAGAUGGCGACAUCUGCACCAUGGAGGGUAUGACGCAGAAGCACUACAUGCAUCGCGUGCCCGAGGAGGUGCCCCUUCACACGGUGCUGGCAAAGAAGGAUGACUUGACCCUCUCGGAUGGGCGUCGCCUCAGUGGGGGGGAGCUGCUCCCACCGGAGAAAAAGGAGGAGGAGGAGGAGGCAGAGGACCUGCUGGAACUUCCAGAUCCUCCUCCGAUGGAUGCUCGCACCUGGAAGAAGACCUUCCUCUGGCAGGUGAUCUCCAUCGUCUUUGUCCUCAUCGUGACGCAGUUAGGCACCUGGUACCACGAGGAGGAGCUGCGAAAGAUCCUGGCCAACUCCACGGCUGGCCGUGGCAAUGACUCAGCAGAGUUGUGA